AUGGGCUUUUGUCGUAGAUGCGGUGAUAUCGUCUCCGGACCACGCUGCCAUUGCGGUGGCUUGCCUGUUGCCCCCGUUGUAUCAUGGAACAAAGUCAAUGCGACCGACGAACCUCAGGAUAAGUGGUCCCAGACAUAUGUAUCUAAGGAAAGGUCUCCGAGCCGACCUAGGACUCCUGCACCAACGAACGAUGCUGCCAAGGGUGCCUGUUCGUGGAAGAGCUCAUCUGCUCGAGGGGACUCCUCGCCAAAGAAGUUCCCCCGACCGAUGUCCAGCUCAGACUCUACGACGACCUCAAGACUAGCCGACCGAGUAUCAACUCACAUAGCAACCACAACCGCUAGCCGGCCACCGUCGCCGCUCAAACAGUCUACCAUUCUACCUUCACCGGAGUCCGACAUCAUACACUCACUCACCUCCCAGACCUCCUCAUUAGCCAAAGUUUACGGCUCAGUUCUUCAACCCAAGGAAUCACUCGAAACCCAUUCGUGCGCAAUUUGUUCACUAGACUUCCCCCCGGAUGCCACAAUAUACCCAGACCCAUCGGAAACAUCUUCGGAACACCAUCGUUUUCUAUGUCGGAAUUGCUUCAUCACAAACGGUGGCUCCAAAGGCACCUGCCCUCAGUGCACCCGGCCCGUGCUCAUUCUUAAAUCGGAAGGAGGCUUCGUUUACGCUUCAGGGCGCCACUGGCACAAGAAAUGCUUCAACUGUGACGGGUGUGGUAAGAACCUCGGUGAUAAACCCCUUGUCGACCUUCUCGGCCGCCCCUCCUGCGCGGACUGUUUCGAUAAUUGCCUAAACCGCACCCCUUCUACACCCAAGGAACGCUCCGCCCUCCCUGCCGAUACAACCUCUGCCAACCCUGGAGGUAUGAUGCGCACUCCGAAAGACGAGCGUGUUUCUAGCGGUAGUCCAACUAUCGAUGAGCUAGAACAGAGAUUAGGCAUCGUCAAGAGUCGAGAGAGCAGCCCAGCCUUGGAGGAACUAGGGCAGCGACUAAGCAUGCUUUCGAAAGGCAGAGAAUCACCAACUCGUAGCCUUCUCGCUCGGAAGUCGACAAUUCCGAGAAAUGAAAUAGGGAGUCCCAUAGCUCCUUCCCCGCGACUAGGUUACGGCACGGAGACAUUUAGGGCCAGUGCCUCCCCUAGGAUGCUUCCAAGUGAUGGAAGCCCCAGCCUCAGUCAACGGUUCUCAAGCCCAGAGCGAGGGGACUAUUGGGAUAACGCUUCUAAGAUGUCACCUGCACGAGCCAACUCCAGCCCUAGUCCAGUUCGAUACACCCCCACUCGAAAUAGUCCAGCGCCAACCGAAGAAGCAAUCGAGGAAAUGAAACAAAGAUUCUUACGGGGUACCUCCGUGUCACCUAGUCUCUCUGCUUCGAGGUCACCUCCCCCUGUCACCUCCCCACCUCCGGUAGCUCCGUUGAGGUUAGUUUCUUUGCUAAAUUCUCGUUCGUCGCCCGUUCCUCCUUCGAAGAUUCCGAGACCCGUUACGGUACAGAACGUGGAUGACUCUCCAUCCGAAAUCGAUUCCGUUCCUCCGACUCCCGAACUUGGAUCAGAGUUUUCUGACACAACGACACAAUCUUCUGGAUUAGACUCCCCACCUCAGGCACAAGCUAAUAUUCGGGAUGAUGUGUUCAAUAGUAAGCCGGUCAGUUACAACGACCCAACGACGUACAGUCGAGGGGAUUUCCUGGAUGAAGACGAACAGCGGGGACGAACUCGACGAUCCAUUGGUCAGAUACAAGAGGAUGAUGAGGGGACUCCGUCGCAUACACCAAUCAAACGCCUUGUGUACGAUCCGGCACCCACUCAGCCUUUACGGAAGUCAGUGUCGUCCACCGUCAACAGCAAAUCUCCGCCGCCGAAAGAAGUUACCCCCGUAUCCUCCAUGAGUGAAACACAACAAUGUGCUCGAUGCAAUCAGGCCCUUUUCUCAGUGCGAGCUGGUGGACGAUAUGUGACCGUGCCUGAUGAUCCGGGUGUUCUGGGCUCAGAAACCAAGGCAUACCAUACUGAUUGCUUCAGGUGCUAUGUCUGUAAUGAAGUUUUCCAAGAAAGCGGGAAAGGACAAGCCACCUUUGUCAAAGGGGAGCGCGGCCCAUGUCAUAUACAGUGCGCCCCACCAGAGAAAGUAACAAUCAACUAUAAGAUGCCUCAAAGAGUGAAUACGGCAUUUCCUGUGCCUACCCCUCCACUCAAACCUGCCGUCCGGCCUACUGUUUCUACUACUUCCCCAUCUUAUAGCUCAAGCCGCUAUGAGCGCCCACCGAAGACGGCUCCAGCUACGCAAACCACGUUCCCUAGGUUUGGCAGUUCCGUAUCAUGUCCAGGGUGUCGUGGAACGGUGUCACCCAUGGAGAGAGGAGUUGUUCCCGGGCCCCAGGGCACGCGAUGGCAUUCCACUUGUUUGGUUUGCGGGGGAAAGAAGGAGGCGAAACCUAGUAACUCCUGGUUGAGAGGACGCGCUGAAGAAUGCAAGCGAAAUGAACCCGGUUGCGGGAAGAAGCUUGACAGCGCUGCUAAAGGAGAUGGGGAAGGGCGAGUCUGGUGCCGGGAAUGCUGGCUCAUGCUUCCCCUGGAAAUGCGUGGGUCACCACAGUCGUCGCCUAUGCGAUCGGUGGUUGCCAAUCCAACUGGUAAUGGCAGAAUCGCCGCUCAGAUGACUGGGACCACAACGCUCGCAAAGCAAUUCACUGGCAUGGGUGGUGCUGACACGGUCAGCUUGAUAAGGCAAAUGACUGGAGGAGGAAUAAGCCCAACACGCCAGCUCUCGAGGUCGAGGAGCCCUACGAAGCAACUUGGAAUGGUAGACCCCCCAUACCGACCUCGUCCUAAGAGUGUCAUCGGGAUGCGUAGCACGAAGAGUGUAGACGAAGGACGGGGAAUGUUUCUUGUGCGACAGAUGACAGGCGGGGCGACAGCGGACUAA